CUUCUUGCCAAACGGGCCUUACGCGUUCACCUAUAGAACUCUCCAAUUCACACUCGCUGACUUGCUGUCUUGCUCAAUUUUCACUCGUCUCUUUCAUUAUUUAAUACAAUUGCUUACCAGUGGCCUCGGGAGUCGGUGUUAGUGUUUCUAGGUUACGAACAAGUGUAAUACCGGCGCAUCACUGAGCACUGGAGGAAUUUCGAUGGUACUGUCCAUCAAACAUUCCGGCUGUAGCGAACCACAGACAACAGCAUACCUGGCCUACAAAUUUUUCUGUCCUAAACUUUCCCUGAUUGCGUUUUGUCAUUGCGGAGGUCUGUUCAGCGAGUUCACUUUCACGUUCGUCUUCCUACGGUCUUUAAGAUUCUGUACGGAUCCUUAUCAUGGCUGGAUUCCAUGACCUUGAACUGCCCUCUGGUGGGCUGAACCAUCUACGAAGGGACGAUAAUGACUGCUCCACCGGCGGAUUAUAUCACUCUCCCGCGAAGGGAGAUACCGUCAACUCCCUUGAACCUACCAACAUCACCUGGAACCCAUCAUGUCUAGACGCGAACGCAGUCGAUAUACAUUUAUACGCUCCGUCCGUUUCUAAACCAAGGAUACACGUCUGGGAGCAGGUGAAGAACGCAGACGGACUGUAUGAAGCAACACUCAAGCCUCGGUGGUGGAAUUCCUCAAGCAUGAUACAGCUCCAGCUCGUUAUCGUACCUACCGGGGAUCCUUCUUUUCUCGCUACUCUUCCCGCAGGACCUCUGUGGAACGCGACAUACCAACAGCCUCAGUCGGGUACGCCAGAUAGCGCCGAUACCUCCAAGUCAGACUCUGAAGGCGAAGUCGUCGGUUCAGUUUCAACCUCCAAGGCCAUCUCUGCUGGGCAGAUAGCCGCAGCAGUUGUCGCUCCAAUCGCGUUCAUUGCUUUGUGCAUAGCAGCGUGGCUGAUAUGGAGACGCAGAAAAGGACGGAAGGAACGGAAGACGUGGACCGAAACGGUGGAUCAGAGAAUGUCGACCAUCAAUGCUGAUUGGCCGAGUGUUACUGUUGCUGGGGCAUCAGCAGCGGCUCGAAAUAGCUUGGUUGGAACGCCCACUCGAGCAAGUCUAGGAAACCGGCCAAGUUCCAGUUUCUACGCUGGUCCGGGCCAAGCAGGAGUUGGGGCUGGGCUGUAUCACCAUGAGAAUGCACAGCUUGGUGCAUCGUCGUCGUCUUCGAAUCAUCAGCAUUCAGUCGCGGUGGGUACGGGAGAGUCGAUGUUACUGAACGUCGAAGUCCAGGAUCCCGAGAUUUUAACACCUGAAAUAAUUAGAGCGAGGGUCAGCGACGGGGCGAACUGGUGGGAUGCCUCCAGGAAAGAUUCCCAAGCCGAACAUGUAUUAAAAGCACCCCUGAGGGCUUAUGGUCACGAUGAGAACAAAGAAUCCUUUCGUGAGAUGUUGAAUGGUAUUGACCAUACUCAGACGAUGGGACCUGAUGAUAUGAUGCGUGCAUAUGCGUAUCGAGCCUGAGAAACUACUCUUUGAUCUCUUGAUGAUGGGAAGCGGCAUUCCCUUGAUCGGUGUCUCGGAUUGGAGAACAUAUGGCCAUUGCGACGGGAGGGUUGCUGGUACGGCCUCUGAUCAGUCCCCAAUAGGACUAAGGACUAGUAGUUACUUCCAAUACUAAUUUUUAGAGCUGUAGUCAAUAUAUCAUAGCAAGGCAUAAUUUAUGAUAUCUCUUAUUGAUAAGC